AUGAGUCCACAGUCAGCCGUUCAAUUCAAUGGCCCUCUGGUGACCGACUACAAUUCAAUGGAUGUGGAUGAGUCCACUGUGUCCUGGGCAUCACUAGAUGAUCCAUACCUAGGGCCGGAUGAUGACAUAGAAUAUGAUUCUCCAUCAUCUGGAUCACCGGAUGUCUUGGCUGCAAUACCCAAUCAAUCACCUCUGGCUCAAGCUGAUCAUCCAGGUUUUCUCAUUGAUCCAGACUUGUACCUCGGGCUUGAGGAUGAUAUCAUUGAUGUGGAUGAGUUGCCGGAUUCUGCCGAUCCUAAGAUUGAUGUUCCGGCUGCAUCAGAAGCAUCUAUGUCAUUGGAUGACACCUCUAAUGAACUUCAGUCAGAGCAGCCAGAGCUCACUAAUGAAGAUUUAUGUUUGAUGGCCUGGGAGUUCCGACCAUUCGGGUCAUAUGAACACACUGGGUGGAUCUUCCUGAUCCUUCCAUUCCACUGCUACUCAAGGCUGAGUGACCCUUCUGGAUGGCUUGGGCAGAAACUUCCGACAAACUCAGAAGAGCUGAUGCAGACCUCCAGAGGUUGCAAAGAGCCCAACGGAUGA